GCCGCCAAGAUGGGGGCCAGGGCCCUGCUGUGGGCCCCCCUGCUGCUGCUCCUGGUGCCGCCCAGUCAACUCCCAGGGGCAGCAGCCCAGGGCCAGGUCUGCUCAGUGGACAAGACCUUGAUCAACAUCGAGGAGAACAGCAGCCCCAGGCCCCUGGUGAACAUCUCUGUCCCGGACGGCCAGCACGUCACCCUGGGAUCUUCGUCCACACCCUCUGCCUUCCAGAUCCUGGGGAACGAGCUAUUCCUCAACGUGACCCCUGAUUAUGAGGAGAACACCAUGCUGGAGGCUCACCUGGAGUGCAGGAGGGGCAGCACAGUGGUGACACAGCUGGUAGUGCUGGUGUCCGUGCUGGAUGUCAACGACAAUGCCCCAGAGUUUCCCUUUGAGGUCAAGGAGUGGGACGUGGUGGAGGACACCAAAGUGAAUUCUACAGUUAUCCCUGAGGGCGAACUGAAGGCCACCGACAAAGACAAAGAGGAUGUCUUGUACUACACCCUCCAGGAAGUGACCCCGAAUGCCAGCAGCUUCUUCUCCCUGAUGGGGGUGAACCGCCCUGCCCUGCGGCUAGACCGGUCCCUGGACUUCUACCAGUGGCAAGGCAUGACUUUCCAGCUGCUGGUCCGGGACACACGGGAGAAUGUGGAGCCCAGCCACACAGCCACGGCCACCCUGGUUCUGCAUGUGCAGCCGGCUGACCUGCGGCCACCCUGGUUCCUACCCUGCUCCUACUCAGAUGGCUAUGUCUGCAUUCAGGCCCAGUACCACGGGGCUGUCCCGACAGGGCAUAUACUGCCAUCUCCCCUCAUCCUGCAUCCUGGACCCAUUUAUGCUGUGGAUGGGGACCGGGGCAUCAACACACAUAUCAGAUACAGCAUUUUGGGGGGGAACACGGACAACACUUUCGUCAUUGACCCAGACUCUGGCAACCUCACCAUGGCCAAGAUGGUCCCCAGGGACACCACCUUCAUUUUGCUGAUCCGGGGGGACCAGGCCGAUCAGGCCCGUUACUCAGUGACCCAGGUAACCGUGGAGGCCCGCUCUGCAGCUGGGAGACCGCCUCACUUCCCCCAGAACCUGUACCGCGGCAUUGUGGCUCCUGGCUCUAGCGCUGGUGUGGUUGUCAGGGACACAGCCUCCCCUUCCCAGCCUCUGAGGAUCCAGGCACAGGACCCUGAAUUCCCAGGCCUCAACUCAGCCAUCACGUACCGAAUCACUAACUGCUCUGAGUUCCGGAUGAACGGAGAGACCGUGUUCACAGCAAUGGCACUGGAGCAUGAAAGAAUCUUCUACGCAGAGGUGGAAGCCACAAACACUGUGACCGGUGACACAGCGACUGCCAUUGCUGAGAUUUGGGUUUCAGAACAGGCACCCCCCUCCAUAGGACCCCCAGAGAUCCCUCAGACCCCAGAAGCCGGAGGAACCACCAGGCCCUUGACCAGCACUGCUACAGAAGCCCCCAGACCCCCUGGGACCUCUCCAGGACCGCCUGUGACCAGCCUUGAGGGGGCCACUGGCUCUCACCCAUCCUUAGGCACAACCCUAAGUCUGGCUGCUCCUACUAUACCUGGGGGGCUCCCUGCUAUGGGAGCCAGCACCUCCCCCUUGCCGGCCACUCCCAGUGGGGUCUCAGCUCAAACCCCAAAGCCAGGGACCUCCUGGGCAACAACCCCCAGGGUGGCAACUGGCUCUUCUCUACGGCCAGCCAUUCCCGGGGGAGUCUCAGAUCAGACCCUGAAGCCAGGGACCUCUCAGCCGAUGUCAGCUGGGUCCAGCAGGAGCUCCCCAGCCUCAGGGACACCAGGAGGUGGUGCCACAGCAGGAGGCAGCAGCCCAGAGGAUCAGCGCUUCUCCACAGUGGACAUGGCAGUUCUGGGAGGGGUGCUGGGUGCACUGCUGCUGCUGGCCCUCAUUGGCCUGGCUGUGCUCCUCUCCAAGCACUACGGGCCCCAGCUGCUCUGCUGCUCCAGGAAAGCUGCGCAGCUCCCACCCCACGGCUUUGACAAUCAGGCCUUCUUGGGCGACCACGAGGAUACCAAAGCAUCUGCCCCUAGCCCUACGCCAGACCCCAUGCCUGUGGAGACACUGUGUGCACCCCCAGAUCCCGAGCCCCUCAGCCACAAGCAGCCCAACCCUGAGCCCCAGGUCCUGGAGCCCCCUGGCCCUGAGUCCCCUGUGGCUACCAGAGGCGCUGGAGACAGCCCCUCGGCUGUGAGGUCCAUCUUGACCAAGGAGCGGCGACCUGAGGGCGGCUACAAGGCCGUGUGGUUUGGGGAGGACAUCGGGGCAGAAGCCGACGUUGUGGUCCUCAACACUGCUGAGGCUGGUGAGGAUGGUGAUGCCGGCUCGGAGGGCAGUGGCGAAGAGGACACGGACCAGGACAGGGGUCCCCAUGACAAGCUGGGCAACUCUACCUAUAUCUAGCACUACCUGACCCUCUCUCCCCUUCCCUGUCAUCCCUUCCCUACAAAAUAAAGUGG